ACAUCACUAUUGCUUGCUAUUGCGGUUUGCCAUUUGCCGCACACGUGCUGAGAUUUUGUGAUAUUUUUACAAAUUAUUUUACUUUGCAGCGUUCGAAGGGCAGCGUAGAUCGACUGCUGUUCAAAAAUAUUGUUUACCAACAAUUAAUCGUCGUCGCAUUUGAGACUGUAAAUAGUGUUCAUGGCCAUGGUGACAGAAUCAAAGGUGAACGGUGGAGAGGUAGAGGCUCCCACGGAGUUGCCUCCAGCGCUGGCCGAGAAGCCGGCGGGACUUCCUCCGGGCAAGUACUCGCUGGUCGGCUGGGACAUGGACACUACCGGCAGAAGACUUAUUGAUGAGAUAUGCCAGAUAGCAGCGUACACUCCGAAGCAGACGUACUCUCAGUACAUCAUGCCUUACGGUGACCUGAACCCAGGAGCCCGUAGGCGCCACAACGUUCGGGUCGUCACCGUCGGCCGCUACCGGAUGCUCAAGGAUACCGUUACUCAUAAGAUUCUGAAGACAAAGUCUGAGAUCUCCGCGCUGUCUGACUUCCUGGACUGGCUGGAGAAAGAAAAAGGCGAUGGCAGCGUCAUCCUCAUCUACCACGAGCCGCGACGUCUCAGCCCUACCAUGCUGCUCGAGGCACUCACCAGGUACAAGCUCCUGGACCGAUUCAAGACCAUCGUGGCCGGUUUCGCCGACAGCUACGCGUUGGCCGCCGACAAGUGCAAGACGACGGUCAAGUCGGUGUCGCUGCGUGUGCUAGCGCGUGUGCUGUUAGAUGCCGACUCGCUGUCGGUGGAUAGCGCGCUAGACCGCGCUACUGCGGCUUAUAGGAUCGUGGAGCACUUGGCGCAGGGCGAGCAGCAAGAAGUAGGCGCGGGCGGCGAGGGCGGCGGCGCGGGCGCCAGCGCCGACAUGGUGGAGACGGCGCGCGUGUGGGCGCGGCCCGUGGCCACUGAACUGGAGGCGUUGGCGGCGCUCAAGCAGCUGCUCGAGAGACAGAACACGUUCCGGCCAGUAUUCGCGCCUCUGCUCCGUUCUGCGCGGCCGGAGCGCAAGCGCGUCACUCAGCUGCGACGCUUAUUGGCUGACGCGGGACUGUUGUAUGAGCAGCUGCGUGGCGCCUGGCAGGACCACAAGCUGGAAGGUUUAGAGAAACAAUUGGCUUCGCUGUCAGUAUCGGCGAAGGAGGAAGACAUUAAGGAGCUCAUAGAAAUUUUCGACUGCCACUUUGACCCCGCCAAAGAGCCCAAAGGACCCAAAGCCAGGAUCCCCAGAAAUAGGACAAGGGCAACGUCAUCGGCGGGCGAAACCGGCGAAGCAGAGGGCAGCACAAGCGAGUCGCAAAACAGUUCACCACACAAUUCACCUACAAAGACUAGCAAUGACGUACCAGCGGCGGCGGUGAGCGCGCCGGAGGCGGUGCCGGCCAACUGAGCGCCGGGAGCCCACAUUGCUAUCGUUCAGUAUCCACCAGGCCAUAGGAAUGUGACAAAAACAUUUAUUCGUAUUAUACACUAGGUUAAGUCUCCUUUGGAAUUGAAACAGAUUGUUUUGCAUGCGUCGGUGAACGAGUUUACACAUUUUUUUUAAUUACAUACCUACUUCCGCGCCCAGAAUAUUAUUUACAACUUAUUGCUUCGUGCAUUUUUUCUAUUAUAGAAUAAAAAUUGUAGUUGAGUGCCUUAGCAACUCAGUGUAAUAAGAUAUAACGUUUUUGUAUAUCCAUAAUAAUAUUUUUGUCUACGUAUUUGUCGUGAACAACGUUUUUGUUGUUUUUGCAAUGUCAUACAUAAUAAUAUAUUGUUAUAAGGCCGAGUAUACACGGACAAAAUAUUGAAUGGUCGCUGUUUUGUUGAAGCGUAUAUCGAACUGUGUUCGAGGAGUUGAGAGUUUUGUACCAUUUGUAAUAUCACAGAUUUAAUAUUAUAGCUUAAAGGAAGCAAUAUUUUAUUGUUUUAAGUUUUAAAUUGGGGCUUUGAACAAGGAUAUAAAAAGUACAAUAUGUUUAUUUAUUCAAAGUUACUUUUUAUUUAUUUAGUAAUUGUGUGCAAUGGCAUAUACCUAACUAAAGGAUGGACUGAUUUUUGCAUCCACAUAUUUUAAAGAUAUUUUAUUUAUUUUUCUCUUGUUUCAAUUGAGCGUUUCGUGUAAGUUAAAUAGGCUCUGUUGCAUCGCUUGACUAAAUGCUGACUGCUGUCGUUCUGCCAUAGGAAAGUGGUUCUUGUUGACUGUUUAGUUUUCACUUACCAUACAUAA